GAAGCUUUCCAUUUCUUUUCUUAACAGGAAGGGUGAGCAAGAGCAAGCAGGCCAAGAUGUCAGGAGGUGGGGGCGCCGCCCCGAGAAAGGCUCAGACGCUAGAUGAUCUUGUCGAGGCCCUGUACAAGCGCGAGAGAGCGCCGAGCAAUGUUCCGAAAGUCGACACCUUCCACUUCAAGGGGGAGCGGGUGUCUGACUGGUUGGAUUUGACUGAGCAGGCGCUGGUGGGACUGUCGGACGAGGUCAAGUUUCAGCGGAUCCUGAAGUACGUCCUUCAUAGCCACCAUCGCGAGGUGAGCAAGGUUGUGGACGACGCCAAUGGCAUUUGGGCAAGGUUUCGAGACCUGAUGAGGAGGAAGUACAGGCUGGGAGACGGCCUGCUGACCAUGGCUGACUUGGAAGCCAUGAAUAAGGAUGACUUUUCCAUUAUUGGGGUAUUCGUGCACGAAUUCAAGAAGAAGGCGAGGAAGGUGCACGGAAUCUCUGAAGAGGCGCAGUGUGCCAUAUUCUUGGGGUUGCUUACUGGCACGAAGGCCUCAGAAUUGACGAGUCAUGGAGGAGGAAGUGAGAAACUCACCUGGGCCACUAUCGAUAAGGGAGUGGAGGAGGGGAGUCUAGACCAGGUGGAACAGCACCAGAUGCGAUUGCAAAGGCGCAAAAGAAAGGAGAGGAACGCCACCUUAUCCGGGACUUCGGGGGUAAAGAGGAUUGUUACGGACGUGCUAGCGGCACUGGGGUAUGAUAAUGAGGCAGAAGUGCAGAAAAGAGGGGUGACCGGGGCCCCGGGCCGCACGUCAGGGGCAGUGGAUGAGGAGACUGGACGUGAGGACUACGACGGAGAGGAGACAGGCUCCCAUGUCCUGACCAAGGCCCAGAGGAAGCAGCGCAACUUGCUGUUGGGAGGUCAGGGAUCAGGGAAGGGGCAAGCUCCUCAAGCAAUUGCCGCGCCGCCACCUGCUGCCACGACGAAGCCAGCCCUAGCAGGGCCAUCGCAUAUGGGGCCGCCACCAGUUUGUGGGCACUGGAUGCCACAUUGUCAGCUAGUGCCCUGGCCCAGUUGUAGCCACUGUACUUCAUGUGGAGGGAACCAGGCCCACGCGGGACAAAUGGUCCCAUAUUCGGGCCCGCCGGCAAGUGGGGGCCCACCAAGCUACCCUGCGACUCCAGUUUUCUGCGGCACUGCGUCCAAUGUGAUGGUGGAGAUUGGGAAGGUGAGGGCGUGGGCUUGCUUAUUUGUUAUGCCCAACGUCGAUCACCCCAUCCUCCAGGGGAGGUCGUUCCUCUGCAGGACGGAGACUCUAGUCUUCAACAGGCAUGAUGGAACGAUGAUCUUGGCCCUGUCUGAUCCGGCCUGUGGAAACUAUGAGAUCAUCAAGUGCCGGAACACGGGACCAGGACGUGGGAGGAAUAGGCCAAACCUCGGCUCCUUUAUCUUUGAGGAGUCCGAGUAUGAGCGACGAAGGCUCCGGGAAGGACCUGAGGAGGAAGGAACGGCCGAGGUACUAUCGCUGAGCAUUACCGAUGUGAACAAGGCAAUGGAGGUGGUGGCGGCACACGAUAUGGCAGACCCCGAGGCAAUAAAGGCGUUAAGGGAGCAGGUCUUGGAGAGCUCUCAGAGGGAUGCAGCCCGUCAAAGAUCGCGAGAGACAGGACAGGCGGACGAGAGGGUGUAUAAGUUGAGGGAGGCGGGGGACUUGGGAUUCUUUGCCACUAGGAUGGCGAUCGAACGUGUGGAUGGGAGGAUACGCGAAGUGGUAGUUACAUCCUUCCGUCGGAAUAGUCAACUCAGUGAUGAGCUGGCAGCCAGAAUACUGGGGGUGGAGCACCUGACUACUCAACUCGCAGAGGAGAGGGCGACGAGCCAGGCGAGAGAGAUUGAGUGGGAAAGAAGGUUCGGAGAACUGGCAGCUAUUGUAAAUAGGCUUUCGGCGGCCGGGGUGGUCGAACAGACUGUGCGGGCUGGCGUUGAUGUCCAGGAUCGAGGGACGCGGGUUUCGCCUGGUCAGGGAGCGACAGUAGAGCCCCCUCAACAGAGGAGGCCAACAGAGGAGGCGUCGCGGGAUCCGAUUGGGAUGGAGGCGAUACAAAGGGUUGAGGAGGAGACUGUUGGGGUAGGAGCUUCUAUUGAGGUGGCUAUGCAGCCUAGGGUGUCUCCAUCACAUGAGGCCUGUGCCGAGGGGCUGGUCCAAGGACCCCCGUAUCCGCUCGCAGAGGGAGGUGGCGCACAGGAAUCGCUCAUGGCUAUGUCUGAUGAGAAGAGGGGGUUGUGCCUGCAUGAGCUGGCAGCAGCUAUGGGGAUAGGUACACCACAAGAGAGGCCCCAGAGACUCGAUACUCCAGAGUAUGCCCCGAGGUUGGGAGAGUUGAGGGCGGAGUUGGAAUCCUGGGCCACAAGGAUUGACUCAGGAGGGCAUAGUUCAGAGCAGCAGCAGCAGGAGGUCAUGAGUGGGCCAGCCGCUGCAGUGGUUCCUCAGCCGCCAGGGUCGUGUAGGGAUGAGGUGAUGGCUGUUGUAGAGAGGCCCUGCGAAGGGGGGCCCCAGAGACUGGAUACGCCAGAGUACAGGCCACAGAGCAUAGUUGCACGGGGUGCUGAGGCCGUGGAGCCCAGAUCUCAGGGCCACAUGGGAUUACCAUUGUGUCAUGAGGUGACCACCGAGACCAUGGGGACGCCUUCAGCAUCGAGUUCCCGGGGAAGGAAGAAGAAGACUGCAAGGUGGUUUGACACGUCCUUGUUUUGGUGUAAGGAGGGGCAUAGAGCCUUGGAUUGCCCUGAGCUCCUCGAGGACAAGGCUGAGGGACGCGUUGCAGAGGUUAAUGGCAGGUUCUACGAUAGACAGGGUAGGAUAGUAGAACGAGCUCCAGACGUGGGUAGGGCACAACUAUAUAGACAGAACCAGGAGGAGUUGCAUGAGUAGGCACUGGUUUGUCUAUAGGUAGCUGGAUCAGAGUUUUUGUGCACACUGAGGGCGGGUUGGAGGUGUAUAUAUCUUGGGCUGAUUGAGUGGGCCCUAGGUAUGCGCAUACUUUAGGAGUGACAGGGCGCGUUUUAUCUGAUUAUACGUAUACAUUUUACUUUGGUUGUUCGAUUUCUCUUGAGCUUCUUCGUGGGCCACGGCCCAGGAGAUGGGAUUUGGCCAUGUGAUAUAUGAGACCGCUUAGUUUACAUUUGGGUUUGUGAUUCAGAGAUUUAUUUGCGUUUUUUAGUGAGAUUUUGGGGUUUAUAGCACUUGGGAUGAGAGUUUUUCCAGCAGAGCGAGACAGGGGUUGGGUAUUCCUUGGAUUCUAGGCAGAUGUUGUGUUCCCGAGUAUAUUCAGCGAGUGUA